GCUCCGUAAAUGACGAGUUGACCACCAUGGCUUUGCGCCACCUCACAACCGCCAUUGCAGCCAAGCUCCGCCGCCACGUCCGCACGUUCGUGAACGCAAAGGUUAAGUGGGUCCGAGACCCGUACCUCGACAAGGCAGUCGAGAACGAGAAGAACCUCAAACCCUUACUCUCUCUCAAAACAGUUAUCCUCUCCCAACCAUCUAAAACCCUACCGCUCCGCACCAUCGCCGAUCUGAAACCCCAGCUCGGCCUCCCAACCACCGCCGUGAGAUUCAUCCAGAAAUUCCCUUACAUUUUCAAGGUUUUUAGACCUCCGAACAAGCCCCUAUCUACCCCUCACGUAAAGCUCACUCCGAAGGCGCUCUCUCUGCACAACGACGAAAUGCUGAUCGCGAGCCUCUCGCAUCACCGGAAAGACGUAGCGGAACGGCUUGCGAAGCUCUUGAUGCUCGCCAGAGCUAGGAGACUCCCGCUGGGCGUGAUUGAGAAGUUCAAGUUCGAUUUAGGGUUGCCGUAUGACUAUUUGCUGAGUUUUCUCCCCGAAUUUCCGGAAUAUUUUCAGAUUUGUGAUAUGGGGUUUAGGGAUCCAUCGGGACUCCAAGUGUUCGGAUUAGAAUUGGUUAAAUGGAGGGAUGAUUUAGCAGUUUCCCUAAUGGAAAAGAGGGCCAGAAGUGAGGAUUCCGAGGCUGGAAUUGGAAGGCCUGUUAGGUUUUCGAUGAAUUUACCAAGAGGGUUUGAUUUAGAGAAGAGAGUGAAGAAUUGGGUGGAGGAAUGGCAAAAUUUGCCGUACAUUUCGCCUUAUGAGGAUGCUUUUCAUUUGAAUCCUAAUAGCGACCAGGCAGAGAAGUGGGCAGUGGCAGUGAUUCAUGAAAUGCUUAAUUUGCUGGUGUCCAAGAAGACAGAGAAGGAGAAUGUUUAUUCUUUGGGGGACUAUUUGGGUUUUGGGAUGAGAUUCAAAAAGGCUUUGGUGCAUCACCCAGGGAUAUUUUACCAGUCUAACAAAAUUAGGACGCAGACAGUAGUUCUAAGGGAGGCCUUUAAGAAGAAUUUUUUGAUAGAGAAGCAUCCAUUGAUAGGCAUGAGAUACAAAUACAUCUAUCUCAUGAACUUAGUGUUAAGAAGGGGCAUUCCGAUUCAUGCUGGAGCUAUUAGAUAUAGGGAACGCUUGGCUUGUAUUAAAGGACAGAAAUUCAAGGCAAAGGAAAGGAGCCAAAAACGAGUGAAAAGAGAUGAUGACUAUCAUGACAAUGAAGAUUAGAAUGAAGUGAAAGAGGAGAUGAUGAUCUCUUGUGGUUGCUGAUGCUAAGCAACUUGUCUAAUAUCCGGGUUAAAAGAGAUUGUGAUCUGAUGGAGAAAAGGGUCGAAUAUGUUAGCAUGAUUAGUCUUGGGCAUUCACUCUUGCAUCCAUUUUAUUAUUUUAAUUGUCCAUGAGCAAUCAGUUCCGAGCUUAGUUACAGCAACGAUGCACUAAAGCAAAAAAAGUUUAGAAUAGCAGUGCACGAAGUGGUGUUAAAUGGAUAGUUCUUUGAUAGUAGGUGGUGGUUGGAUGAGGAUGGAACUUAAAAGCAGAAUAGGUCAUCAUCAUAAAACAAAGCAUGCAACUAGUUUUCAAUGGACUAGUAACUUCUAGACUACAGCUUUUUCUAGGAAGCAAAUGUAAGCAAUAGGUUUGUCAUAUGUGUUGCAGUGGAGAUUCCAGAAUAUUGUAGUUCCUUGGCAGUUUAAACUACAUGAAUGCGAUCUUUGAGGUUAUUUAGGAGGUAGAUUCUUCUCUUUGUGAUGGAUGCUCUAACACCGUUGAGAAAUCUAAGGAGUUCAUCUGCUAUGGCAA